GCAAAUCAAUAUACAGCUUUACAUACGUUGGCUACAAAUCAAAUGCUUUUGGAUUCUUCUUGUCAUGGUCCAAAACAUGAUCUUAAUCCCAUUAUGACCAAUCCUUAUAUGGAAAAUCAAGUGUUUUCGCAAUUGGUUAAAUUUCUCUGGACCACGAUUCUUGAUAAAUACUACUAUUCGGAAGCGGAGUUAAGAAAAAUCAGAAAUGAACCUUUCCAACUUAUAUUUCAUGCUGCAAAAGUUGGAAAUUUUAGAUUCUUAUCAGAGCUUAUCAGUGGUUAUCCUGAAUUGAUAUGGGAUACGGAUUGCAAAAAUAGAACUAUAUUACACAUAGCUGUUUUGCAUCGCCAUGCUAGUAUCUUCAACAUGGUACUUCAAAUAGAGUAUAUAAAGAAUUUCAUAAGUAUGUAUACAGAUAAAAAACGAAACAAUUUAUUGCAUUUGGCUGCAAAAUUAGCACCUCAAAGUCAACUUGAAUUGGUUUCUGGAGCAGCUUUUCAAAUGUCCCUCGAGUUAUUGUGGUUUGAGAGAGUAAAGAAGAUAAUGAAGUCAGAACAAAUAGAGAGAAGAAACUCUGAAAACUUCACUCCACAAGAGUUAUUCUCAAAAGAGCAUGAAAAACUAAGGGAAAAGGGAGAGGAGUGGAUGAAAAAAACGGCCGAGUCUUGCAUGCUAAUUUCAACUGUCAUUGCUACUGGAGUUUUCACUGCUGCAACUAGUUUACCAGGAGGAACAAACGAUGACACCGGAAAAUCAAAUUAUUUAUCUAAAACAUCUUUUUUGGUGUUUGCAAUAUCAGAUGCAUUGGCACUUGUCUCAUCUUCAACAGCAAUAUUGAUCUUCUUGUCUAUUCUUGUCUCACGUUAUAGAGAGUAUGAUUUUUAUAAAUCAUUGCCUCUAAAGCUAGUAUUUGGAUUGAUCACAUUGUUCAUCUCCAUCGCAAGCAUGAUGGUAGCUUUUAGCAGUGCCUUCUUCAUUAUAUACUAUCAUGGUUUAAAGUGGGUACCUAGUUCAAUUGCAAUACUUUCUUCCCUACCAAUACUUUUGUACAUAUUUUUGCAUUUUUCACUUUUUUCAAAUAUUAUACAUUCAAGCCUCUAUUGGAGGAAGCUAUCAACGGCCGGUAAAAACAUGAUUUUGUACUCGAGGAGUAGAGUAUCAUUAUUGUCUGGAAAAUGCUUAGUGUUACAAGCAUCACUAGUCUCAUUGUAA